CAUGCAUCAAAGCAUCGACGCUAGCAUGUCUGGCAAUAUGGUAGACCCCGGUCUUCUCGACAAGAUUGACAAGCUCUUCGCCUGCGGUGUCGGAGACCACAUUCCUCUGCCACAGCUGGUCGUUGUCGGCGAUCAAUCAAGUGGCAAGUCGUCCGUCCUCGAGGGCAUCACCAAGCUGCCCUUCCCAGAGACUCCGGCUUGUGCACCAGAUUUGCUACGCAAAUUACCUUCCGUCGCAACUAGCACUGUUGUCACAAUCAUCCCUCACAAGGGUGCCACACAAGCCUAUGCUGAUAAGCUGCGCGCUUUCAAGAGUGUAAGCAAUGCUGUCCUUGAACCAGUCUCGUUCUCCAAGACCAUGAAAGACGUGCACAAGCUCAUGGGUCUUUCGGACUCUACUGAAGACAACGAUGGCAAGUCCACCUUCUCCGAGGACGUCCUCAAGGUGGAAGUGACCGGGCCUGAGCAGGAGCAUUUCUCUGUGGUUGAUGUUCCAGGCAUCUUCAGAACUGCCACAAAGGGUGUUACCACUCUAGCAGACGCGUCGAUGGUCAAGUCGAUGGUUCGCCGCUACAUGGUCAACCCCCGCUCUGUCAUGCUGGUUGUGAUCCCUGCCAAUGUCGACAUUGCCACCCAGGAGAUUCUCACUCUUGCAGAGGAAGCUGAUCCUGACGGUCACCGCACACUGGGUGUUCUAACAAAGCCUGAUCUUGUCGACCCUGGCGCUGAAGCCGGUGUGCUCCAGCUCGUCAAGGGCGAGAAACAUCCUCUCAACCUUGGCUGGUGCAUCGUGCGCAACCUUGGUCAGCAGCAGAUUCAGGACACUGCUGUUGAUAGAUCGAGCAUUGAAAAGGCAUUCUUCCGCGACAGGACGCCUUGGAACGAGCUUGAUCAAGACCGCGUUGGCGUUGAUGCGUUGCGCAGCCGUCUCCAGGAAGUCCUCGCCAGCAACAUUCGUCGCGAGUUUUCCAACGUAAAGCGCGAGGUUCUGACCAAGCUGAGUACCGCCAAGCGUAGCCUCAGAGAGCUUGGUGACAAGCGCCAGACGCCUGAUGAACAACGUCGCUUUAUCAUGGACAUCGCUUCUCGCUUUCGUGAAGUCGUCAGCUUGGCCCUCAAUGGCAACUAUUCGGGCAACAGAUGGUUCGACCAAGAACCCGAUCUGAUGUAUGUGACUGCAGUCGUCAACCGCAACGAACGCUUCGCCAACGAUGUUGAGAAGCAUGGUCAUACAUAUGCGUUCAAGUUCGACUAUUCUGGAGAAACCUCCGAGAAGCAGGAUGCCACCAGCAAUGGUGGUCAGGGUCUUGUACUGCGCCACACCAAGGAUAUUGAUGAUCUUGAAGAUUUGAUCAGUGGCGACCGUCUGAUUGACGACAAGGUCUGCAGCAACAUCAUUGAGUGGUUGUCUGAACUCUACAAGGGCAGUCGUGGCUUUGAACUAGGAACCUUUGACAAGAACUUGCUCUCUCGAACCAUGAAGGCUCAAUCAGCAAAGUGGGAGCCGCUCGCUCAUGGCUACAUUCUGGAUGUCGUUCAUCUGGCACAUCGCUUUGUGACAACCCUUCUGAGACAUGUCUGUCCCACUGCACGAGUCAGAGAAGGCAUCAUGUCAGUCCUCAUGGAGCCCCUUCUCGACAUCUACCGCCGUGCCCUCGAACAAGUCCAGUUCGUCCUGCGUGUUGAGCACAGCAACCCUCAGACGAUCAACCAUUACUUCAACGACAAUUUGGAGAAGUCUCGUCAAAAGCGUCUCCGCGCGUCUCUCGAGAAGCAUGCUACUGUUCAGACCAAUAGCUUUGGCGUCCCCCGUAGCACGAUUGCACUCGACGAUAUCGUGCAGAACCACCCUAUGUCGAACGCUCAACACACCGUUUUUGAGGUUCACGACAUCCUCAAGGCCUACUACAAGGUCGCCAGAAAGAGAUUCGUCGACAACGUUUGCAUGCAGGCUGCAGACUACUUGCUAGUCACCGGACCCAACAACCCGCUGAAGAUUCUCUCGCCUCAAUUCGUCAGCAGCUUGUCUGAUGAGCAGCUAGAGGAGAUUGCUGGUGAGGACAUUGGCCUGAGAAGGAAACGCACUGCUCUCGCGAAGGAGGUCAAGGAUAUGGAGGUCGGCAAGAAGAUUCUGGCAGGUGUCUGC